ACUGCGGAUGGGUGAAUUUGAUAUGGUUAUUGCCGAUAUGAUAUUAGGCACGUUUUUGAAUAAUUAUCAUUAUUCCUUUUGUUCAUCCAAUUUUGCACAUAAAAGCGAUUAAAUUACCUGCUAUAAAUUGUCGUUCAAAGAAGGUACUCGGAUGACUCGCUGCAGAAAAAGUUUGCGGCUGCUCGCUUGGCUCCAUACUUGGGAAGAAUAUUGGAGACGCUGUUUAUAGCCCAAGGUUUGUUUAUGGCUAAUAAUAUCAAGGUGUUUGCUCGGUUAAAGCCCUCUAAAAAUAUCAAACAAGAGCUGUUCAAGCAUGAAGAUCAAGCACUUUAUAUUGCAUCUCAUAACCAAGUUCCAACAGAGGAUCAUGAUCCAAAGCGCUUUCUUCGAUUUAGCUUUUCGCACGUUUUCGGGGUUAAUUCGUCACAAAAGCAAGUCUUUCAAGCGGCCGCAAAGGACAUUAUCGAGGCGUUCUUCAAAGGCUACAAUGGCACAAUAUUUGCCUACGGGCAAACCAACGCUGGAAAGACGUACACUAUCCAAGGACCUGCAGAAGGUUUACAAGAUUAUGACUCCCACGGGUAGGUAGCUUGAGUCAAAGUCAACUUCUUCUUAAAAUUUAUUACUUCCUAUCAAUAAUUGAUUUGGCAUUUGCUUAAUAGCAGCUUUUAUUUAUGUUGGAAUCUUAUAAAGUCAUUAGGUGUGGUUUCUUUUUUUUCACAUAUAAAGCCUUAACGUCAAUUUAGUUUUUGUAUACGGAGUUCUUUGAACAGUGACAAACAAGUCUAGACAUCGACAUCUCGAGUUUCUUUCAGCUUAAAAUUGCAUGUCGUCAUUGUAGGUCAAGUUUUAGCGCGACUUUGGAUAGGAAAUUUCCCAAAUAAUAGUUUAUUAGUAAUGUUAGAUUACCCGCUACUUGCGGCCGGAAAAAAAUUCCCAAAAAGGCUUUUAUAUGUACAUUAGUUUUAAAGAUCUCCAUCUAGAGGAUAAUGUACUUUGAAUUGAGAGUGGAGGCACAGUGGUCAUUAAUAACAAACAAGCAUCUCAAAUUUGCUGAAAGGUCCACUAUCAUGAAAUUAAUAAUCUCCUCAUUUAGCAAUUAUGAGUUGAGAAAAUAGCCAGAGAUUUGCAUGAAAGGGAGUGUUCUCAGUUUAAAAGACUUCAAAACUCUAAGUGGCUGGGUCUCAACAUGUAGCACUGUAGUAAAAUGAUGAUUGCAUAAUGAGUGAAAUUUAAAUGACUGAAGUGGUAGAGGUAUAAGGUAAAGGCGCACACAAGCCAAAGGCCCACACGGCCAGAGCCUAUACCGGUUUCUGUAGCAUGAAGCAUGCCUAAGAGUAUUACUACUCCCCCCUAGAUGGGAUGCUGGUCAAUCCCAGGGUUACCCCCAGCAGUAUGUCACCGGUACCUAUUUAUACACUUGGGUGAAGAGAGACAAAGUGGAGUAAAGUUCCUUGUCUAAGGAAACAAUGCUAUGGGUGAGGCUUGAACCCCAGACCUCCAGAUCCAGAGUUUGAGGUGUUAACCGCUCGGCCACACAUGCCAAAAAAUAUUUAAAAAUAGCUUAAGUUUUAGGCAUUCCAAACUCCUGGGGCCGGUUGCUCGAAGCCUGGUUAGCGCUAACCGUUGGUUAAGACGUAUCAAAAUGUAUAGGCUUCCAAGGUGUUUAACGCUGGUUAGCACUAAACAUGCUUCGAGCAACCCGGAUUUGGUAAUUAGAACAUAGACACUUUUAUUCAAGAAGUCAUAAAUGAGUUAGUGUACGUACAGCUGUAGAAAGUUGCACUGUGUUUUGUAACAUAAUCCUAUGACUAUGACACCUUUGUACAAGACUCUUUUCUUUCUUCAAAGCUAGAGUAACUACAUUUAAGCUUGUUAAAUCUCUUAUAUUUGAAUACUUACAAAUGUGCAGAAUUUUCCACUUGCAAAACAACACCAAUUGCAGUAAAAUAGCUGAGAUGAUUGCAUGCAAGUUUCCAGUGAACAUAAUUAGUGACAUUUUAUCCCUUAUAAUAAUUAUAUCAACUAUUUUUCAGGAAAAAAAUGCCAAAGUCAACUCAAAGAAGUAAAUAAAGAAAUGAAAUAUUAUUCAUUGUAUAUGCAGAUGGAUCGAAAUAUAGUGCCAUUUUGAUCUAUUUUUGCUUAGUUGUUUUGCUCUGAGUGUUGCCAGACUAUCAACUGCUAUUAGGUGUCGUUAAGUAGCAGAUUAUUGUGCUUGUACAUUUGUAAUUAGUGGAUAGACAGUAGAUUGUGACAAAGUGACUGUUUUACAUUGUAGGUUACUGCAGUAAGUCAAGUAAAAGUUAACAAAAAAUUAUGCAGUGACAGGAAGGAAUUGCAAAUUGAGGUCAUGUGAGCAAGAUGGCUGUUUUUUGUCAGAAACGAAAAAAAAAAAAACAGCCACUAUGUGAAUACUAUUUCCGGUUCGCUGUCAUUCUUUGACAGGCUGUCAUAUGAUCAUAAUAUAAAAGACUAGUUGUUUGUAAGAUUGAAAAAAACAUCACUUUCAUCAGCUACAUUGCAAUUGUUGUUGGGAAAAUUGCCCAACAAUAUUAACAAACCAGACAGGUUACUUCUAAGGUUAAGAUUGUUAGAUGUACAACAUAUCAGAGGUACAUGUAAGACUGCAGUUACAGAAACUGUAUUCCAUAAAUAUUGUCAGUGUUUGUAAGGGCAAAAUUAUGGUCAAGAGGAUUAUAACAAGUUUUUUCAACACAAUUUAUCUGUUGUAUAAUAUUGUAGUGGAUUGUUCUGAAAUGUGAAAUAUUUGUCUUAUGGUUGGAAUGUUGUUUGUUACUUUAAUACUGUACAUGGAAAGAUCCUUUUCAUGGUUGUCACUAGGAUUUUAGGUUGCCAGAUAAAUGCAACAAGUAGGCGGAGAAUCAAGCUGCUAGGGAUUUCUUUUGGUUCUAUUUUUCUUCUAUUUUCCAAUGAAAGUAGCCAGGGACCACAUAGUAGUAGCUAGGGGAAAUCCCGGCCCCCAGUUCCCCCGGCUCUUAAUGACAGCCCUGAUUUUGAAAAAAUGUAAGUUAUGUAUUGUUGUUAAUUUGAGAUAAAUAUUCCAAAUUUCUUGUUUUUAAAUAUUGAAGAGGUUUUAUAAUAAUUUAAAUUUUCAGGCUGUCCUGUUUAAGUGAGCAGAGUCUUCCUUUGCAUGAUUUAUCACACAGGAAGGAAAAAAUGAUGGAUUUUUGUUGAGCGUGUGACAUAACUAAGCAACCAAACAAUUUUCAUGUGCUAUGUAAGGAAAUGCCACGUGGUAAUUUGAAAACUCAGUGAUGGUGCAUGUGAAUCAUGCGGUUCAUAUACUGUACAUGGUUGUUCUAAGUUAAUAUCCUUGUUCUAUCUGGGUUUCUUUUUCUGGUGAAAUUAUCCUUGGUGCAGAAUCCAGUUGAAACUCGAUUUUGAAUAAAUUUAAUCAAUAAAUUGAUUAAUCAAUUUAAUCAACACUUUUGGCUUUGGGAAUUAAUUUUGAUGUUUGUGUGUUUUUGUUGACAAUUGGAAAAGUCACAUCAAUCAAAGUAUGCGACAUGUGUUGAGUCUCUGAGCAUUGUGCUCUAAGGAAAAUUGAAGGGAGCCCAGUGCUCUGAAACUGUAAAAUCUAGGGUGCCCAGCAUUGAUUUGUAUGAAAAAUCUGAGUUUUUCUAGUCUGUGAGGGUUAGGCACCAGGGGCCACUGGGCUCUGCCACUGGGCUCUUCUAGAGCACAGCCCCUGCUGAGGGUUUGUGAAAAUUAAAGUGCGUAUUAUGUAAUACACAUUAAUCUAUAUGUUUUUCAUAAAGUGGAAGGUCAAGAUGGCUGGAUAUUGGCCAAUUUUUUUUUUUUUUUUGCAAUUUAUGGACCCAGAUGAUAUCUGGGCUAAAAAUAAAUAAAAACGCGUGGCCAAUAUCCGGCUAUCUUCGGUCAGUAAAGGAUGUAUUACAUGGCAAAAAGGUCAUUUUUCUUUUGGGACCAAAGCAGGAAAUCCGCUUUCACAGGUAGCCAACCAGAAUGCAGGUUUUGUUUAUCUCCCCUUCUCAGCGGCAUAAAAUGACUCUGGUAAACCAAUUUAUUUUUUCCAAAUUAUAAUAUUAUCAGACAGUCUUCAAACAGCGUUAUGAGCCACAGUAGUCCCACUUACGCUUUCUACCCCUUCUCUUGUAAGAAGGAAUUGAGACACAACCGAGAAUCUAAGUUGAUAGGGGUAUUGAUCCUUUAGUCUUGGUGAAAAUAGAGAAUAGAUACAUAGGUGAAAUGUCCAGUUUUGAAAGAGAAUAUUCCACUGAAAAUUGUAACCUUAUCAAGAAUAAGGCUAAUCACAAACAAUGAAAUUAAAAAAGUGUAUUUUGGUUUCAGCGACUACAAAACCCCCUUGUUAAGCAGCCUGCAUGCACACCUCUCCUAUUUUCCUUGUUGCUCAGUCAACAGGGAAAAGGUCCCUUUUCUGCAAGGAAAAAAAAGAAGAGGUAUAGACAUCUGCACCUAGGCUAGCUUGCUAGUUGUAAGAACCUGUUUUUUUUAAGUCUGCAAAAUAGGUUCUUGUAUUUUGGGUAUAGUUAUUGGCAACUUAGGCUACAUGUAAGUAGGUUCUUUAUUAGGCUCAUAUUUUCUGAGAAGGAGAUAUAGUUCUUUUUCCUAUAUUUAUUAAAUAAACUUGGGUUUGUUCCUUAAAUAUACAGUAUUUAUUCACAACUGUAUCAUGAUAAGCCUAACAAUUAAAACUGAUUUAUACAGAAUGUACGUUAAUUUAGUGUUAUAUCUAUCAGUGGUUUCUUGCAAUGAAGAUAGUGUACAAUUAUUAAGUCAAACUCUGUGGUUAAAACGUUUAUCAUAAUUUAACUGUAACCUACAUAAUUUAUGAUAAUCUGCUUGAUCAGGUUCCUAUAUUUUUGGUUAUGAAAAUGACAAAUUUCUGCCAUCAGGUUUUACGUCACUCAAUAAAAUAAUAAACAAUGAUUUAGAGAGAGAGCACAUCAACAAAGUUAUUCUUUGUCUACCAUUCCUGAUCAAAUUGGAAUAUUGUUCAAAAUGUUGGUUUUUGAGGAGAGGGGAGAACCGGAGAACCCAGAGAAAAACCUCUGGGAGUAAAGGAGCUAGGAACCAACAACCAACUCAAACCCACAUAUGGUAUUGACCUCUUGAGUUGAGUCCAGGCCACAUUGGUGGGAGGAGAGUGUUCUCAACACUGUGCCAUUGUUGCUCCCCAAACCUGUAAACCGCUAGGUUCUUACAUGCGGGUUUUUACUGUACAUGUAGUUUUCCUAUUGUAGUAGGGUUCAGGAAAACAAGUUAUGAAAAAAAUCAGGAUUCAACUGUAAAUUAGUUAUUACCAACUGUCUGAGGUGAUUACUCUGAUUCUUUUUUUCAGAUCUGAAGAUGCAGGACUCAUUCCUCAAAGCCUGUCUUUGAUCUUUCAAAAAAUUCAACAGCAUAGUCAACAGGAAGCAUUCACUGUUCACAUAUCAUUCUUUGAAAUAUACAGGGAGACAGCAUAUGAUCUUCUGGGAUGUUUCUUGUUCAAUGGUUCAAAGAAAAACAGAGAGAUGCCCAAGGUAAGAACAUUAUGCAACAUCUUAACCUCCAGUAAGCAGACCUCAAUCUUCAAGGGACCAAUCCACUGAUGAAAGGUAUCCUCUUACGGGGGGUGCCUUCUUAUCGGAGAUGGGAGGUGUCCUCUGAUGUGAGGUAUUCACCAAUGAGAGGCAUUGACUAAUAUAAUAGGAAAUGUCCACAUAUUAGUGGUAUCCACUACUAGCAAGUAUCCAAUAAUGGGAGGUACGUGUCCACAAAUGGGUGUCCCAUUAGGUGUCCCCUAAUGGGAGCUAUCCAAUAAUUAUUAUUAGGGGUGUCCACUAAUGUCAGGUGUCUACUUAUGGGAGAUAAGAGGUCAACUAGGGAGAGGUAUCCACUAAUGACAGGUAUCUGCUUAACAUUGUAUGCACUAAUGGGAGGUGACCAGUGAUGGAAGGUUUCCACUAAUGCGGCCGGGUAUCCACUAAUGGGAGGUAUCUACCAGUGGGAGGUGUAGACUAAUUGGAGGUAUCCACUAAUUGGGAUGGGUUCAUUAAUGGGAGCUAUCCACAAAAGGGAUGUGUCCACUAAUAGGAACUGUCCACCAAUGAGAGGUGUCCACAAACGGGAUGGGUUUACCAAUUUGAGCUAUCCAUGAAUGGGAGGUGCCACCAAUGGGAGGUUUUCACUAAUGGGAGCUGUCUACCAAUGGGAGCUGUCCACUAAUAGGAGCUGUCCACCAAUUGGAGGUGUCCACUAAUGGGAGCUGUCUACCAAUGCGAGGUAUCCACUAAUGGGAGCUGUCUACCAAUGGGAGGUGUCCACUAAUGGGAGCUGUCCACCAAUGGGAGGUGUCCACUAAUGGGAGCUGUCUACUAAUGGGAGGUGUCCACUAAUGGGAUAGGUGCAGGAAUAGGAGCUAUCCACCAAUGGGAGGUGUCCACUAAUGAGAGCUAUUCACGAAUGGGAUCAGCCUUAUGGGCUAUUGACUCUGAGCCCAUUCGGGCUAGAGGAAUAAUUGUUAAUUAGACCACUAAUGGGAUGGGUCCACUAAUGGGAGGUAUCCACUUAUAGGAGGUGUCCACCAAUGUAGAGGUCCACUAAUGGGAGGUAUCCUCUAAUGGGAGGUGCUACUAAUUGGAGGUAUCCACUAUUAUGGGAGCUAUCCACCAGUGGGGGGUAUCAACUGAUGGGAAGUAUCCUCCAAUGGGGGUGUCCACUAAUGGGAGGUGUCCACUUAAUGGGAACUAUUCACUAGUGGGAGGUAUCCAGUGAUGGAACGCAUUCACUAGUGGGAGGUGUCCACUUAUGGUAGGUGUGUAACUAAUUGGAGGUAUCCACUAGUGGGGUUUUUCCACUAAUGUACUUGAUGUACUUGGUGUCCACUAAUGAGAGAUAUCUACUGAUUGGAGGAAUCCACUAAUGGAAUUCAAGUAUCCAUUAAUGGAAGGUAUUCACCAAUGGAGGUUCCACUAGAGGCAGGUGUCCACUAGAGUGAAUUGUCCACCAAUGAAAGGUAUCCACUAAUGCGUUACAUGUAUGUUUUAAUGGGAGGUGUCUGUUAGUGGUAGAUAUCCACUUAUUGGUGGUAUCUGCUUAUAGGGGUGUCUACUAUAAGAAGUUAUCCACUUAGGGUGUGUCCACUUGUGGUAGGUGACUGCUUAUGGGAGGUUACCAGUCACUGAUGUUGGUUACUAGUGGAAGGUUUCCACUUUAAUAAUUGGAAUAAACUUCAAAUUCAUUUUUAUACAUUUGAAUGGGGGCUUUUUGAAUCAGUUGUAUUUUUGUAACUUUGUGGAAGAGAAAAUUUAUCAUCCAUUUUCUAAGUUAUGUAUACCCAUAGUUCCAAGUUGUCAUUUAAAUUUCUUUAUAUGCUCUGAUUGGUGUAGUACAAAAAGGGAACAUAGAGAGCACAUCAUGUGUCAUGGUCACUUACGAGAGGUUAAAAGUAAAACUGUCAGACCAAAGAGUGGUUUUGGAUACUUAUAAGAGGUGGUUGUUUACGCAGGGUUCUUAUUAUAGGGCUUUGAGUGGGAAAAUUUAAUUGUUUUGGAUAGGUGGUCGCUUACUAGAGGUGGGCACACAUGGAGGUUCAAAUGUAUUACUGUUCAUUUUUCCCAGGUUUUGAUCACUUACAUGGGCGGGAAGGGAUGUUGCCACCUGCAUGGACUUUCUUCUCAUGCUGUGACAUCAGAAAAGGAAGCUGUAAGUCUGUAUCAAUGGGGACUGGCAAAUCAAAAGGCUGCUUACACAACUGUCAAUCAAAGAUCUUCAAGGUCGCAUUCUAUUUUCACUGUUGCACUUGCAAUGCAAGAGCGGGGUUCAGAAAUCAUUAUCAGGUUUGUAUGGAAAUACAUUUUAUGUGGUGUAGACUGUUUCCAAAUUCCUGUGAGCAAAGGAGUCUAGGUCUUGAUCUCGUUUUAUUGGAUGUGCUCACUGUAGCAGUUGUCAGAGAUGCAGGGGCAGUCAGUCACAUCGGCAGAAAUGACACGGCUAAGGUUUUGAAGGAUGAAGUUUCUGCCAACCCAACUGACUGCCCCUGGGUCUUCAAGGAUGCACUGGAACAGAAUGCAGGAAGCUGUUGCUGGUGUUUACUAACCUGGAACUAUGAGAAGCCACAACCAGUUGCAAAAAUACUUGAGACAAUGUACUUUACUUUGGCUUAAAUGGCCUGUCCAUGAUCUUGUGCUUGUGAUUCACCUUCCUCCCCCUGUCAAAGUUGCUAGCAAUGCAAGACCAUGCUCAGAACAUGGAGGAACAACUAUGAAUGGAGGGGAGGGAGGGGGUGAGUGUUUUAAAUUAUCUCACAGAUGUGUAACUAGCAGCUACUUGUAGUAAGAAAGGCCGGUUUUUCGUUGGAGUGUCUCAACAUUUUUCAACUUGUUGUAGCAGGAAAUAAAAAGUGUUUGCCUGCUAGAUAACUCAUAGUAAGAACUUGUUAACUAGCGCAACAGGUCACUCAACCCUGGGCUAUUGGACAGGGCACUUUGUUGUGCCCUUUUUCUUUUGCAUUGGUCAUCUGCAUCCUGCAUUGCAGUAUGGUAUAAUGACAUUCUCUUUGUUGUCUCUUGAUAGGAAAAAGUGACCUUAAAAAAUAUAUUGCCCUAGGUUGAAACAAAUUGACUUGAUUUCAAAGUGAAGGAACCUUUUAGGACUAGGAGAGAAAGGAAAUUGAGAAUCAACGUAUAGAUUGAAUUGAAUUAACUUGAAAUCAAAUGUGACCUGUCACAUUUAUCUAGUCAGGAAUGUUUUCCAGCUUUACACUGUCUUGUAAACUGUAGAUGAAGACAACUAAUUAUCAUCCAUAUUAAUCAUUAUACCCGUAAGUCUGGAUGGUGUUGUGUGGUGAGACUAUUCAAUUUUGAGCAGUACUUUUUACAAUAUAUUGUUAUUUUGAUUUUUAAAUUGAAAAUAUUUUGUUUUCAAGAGAGUGACCAUUUUUGGUGCUCUGUGAGUUUGCCAUUCUGUUGUCAGUUUACAUGUAUGUUUAAACUUUAAAGAGGUCUCACUUGAAAUAAAUCUCAUACCUCUCCUUCUUAAGAUCCAAGUUGCACUUGGUGGACCUGGCAGGGUCUGAAAGAGUGUGGAAAUCACAUGUUCCAGAUAUCAGGAGAGCAAGAUUCUUCAACUUGUCUCUUCAUCACUUGGAGUCUGUCGUAACUGCCCUGCAGAAAUUUCACCCCAGAAACACUGAAACAGACAGCAAAAAGAAACAGACUGCAAAAUGCUUGAAUCGUGGCUCAAGUGCUUUCUUGCCGCAACCACAAAACAAAGGAGCUGCUGAGAUGCCAAGAGUGUAUGGUCUGUUGAAGAGUGCAAGCACUGGGCAGCUAGGAAGAAGACAAGGAAGACAGUCACCUUUUGGGGUGGGGUAUAAUCCUUGCUAUUUACCCUACAGGAAUUCAUUACUGACAAUGGUGCUACAGGACAGUUUAGGUGAGUCAAUUGAAGGAUUCCUACAACUGAGUGAAUGUUACCCUUUCACUCCUAUAAGUAGGCCAACUCAAAAUUCCACACAAUUUUCAUAUUUCAUUUUGUUAAAAAUGCUAAAAAGAAUUUAGUACCUAAGUAUGAAAGACUCAAACGUUAGAACAUCAUGCUAAAUAAAAUUACACCAGGUGAAAGUACAGCCAAAGAGGUUUCAUCUGAGGCACCCAAUGAGAAUAUAGUUCAAAAACACUUAAACAUAGCAUUAUUAAACGUAUUUUAGUACUUAAACGGUUAGAUGUAGGCAUAUUUUUAUCCCACCAAAAUUUUUCAUCUGUUCGGAUUUCCUAGCUGAAAGUAUAGUGAUCCGAACAUUAUAGGGAUCAGAACUUACCUUUUCAAAAAUUUCAGCCAGAAAAAGGCUCCCGAAAAUUUUAGGUGACCUUUUUAGGGUAAAAAUCCGUUAAAAAUGGGCAAUUAUACCAUUUUUUAGAUGUUGGAAAAUCCUAGGAGAGGCAGGCAAGCAAGAAACAAAAAAUGUUCCGAAAAUUCUAUAUCUCAAAUCGUCUUCCGAACAGAUAUUUUCCAAAUUGACGUUGGGUGCCCCUGUUUCAUUUGAAUGGUCUCACCGUAGGAUUUAAGCGAAAGACUCAAACGUGAGAACGUCAUGCUAAAUAAAUAGUACCAUGUGAAAAUACUGCCAGAGAGGUUUCAUUUUCAUGGUAACACCAUAGGAUUUUGACUGCGAAAGACUCAAAAGUUCAUAGUACUUGCUAAAUAAAUAGUAUCUUGUGAAAGUACUGCCAAAGAUAUUUUAUUCCCUCUCAUAGAAGUCCCCGUUUCACUAGGAGAUUUUUCCUGCAACUUAUUUCUUGAAUGUUAUUUUGAUACCACGUUGCCAAACAAGUUGCAGGGAGUGGGUGGGACAAAAAGGCGGAUGACCUUCAUGCUUUGCUGGUCUUUAUUUCAGGUGGGAAUAGUAACGCUGCCAUGAUUGCAGCUUUGUCUCUGGAAGAGGAAAAUUUAAGUGAAACCAUCUUGACAUGCAGAUUUGCCCAAAAGGUUGCUCGAGUUGUAAAUGAACCAAGGUAAGUGGUUUUGUUUUUCUUUAACGGGUAGUUUAUAUAUGGUUUGUAGUCGUGGUUUUGAGUCAUGGCAGGAUCCUGGAGGAUUGCUUGAUGAGUUACCUACUCUCACGCAACCCUGGAGGACUGCGUGAUGGGACAAAAGAACAUCUGCACAAGAGAUUAUAGGGAACUUAUGCUGUGUUCACACUUUGCCGGAUAGCUUUUGUGCCCGCAAGAAAAUCAUACCAGAUAGAAUUUCUGUUCACACAUGAGAAUGGCAAUUUGGGCGCGAUUUCUGUAAUCAAGCGAAGAUGCACCGCGCCGCCGAUCUCUAAAGUGGAGAGUCACGUAUCAGGGGCACCCAACGAUUGUUUUCUGUAAAAUAUCUUUUCGGAGAAGCAAAAAUUGCCUACUGUGUGGAAUCUCCUAUAGCUUGAGGAAGGCUACAAAUUUCUAGAUAACUGUUCCACUCAUGUACAAUUUUCGAAGCUUAUCUAAUAAAUUCCCAACGGUUUUCUGAAGUUAAUUUUCUUGUAUUUCUCUCCCCAGUUUAAGCGCAAGGAAACCUAAAAUUUUCGGACUCGAAAAUGCGUUGAGAGAGGAAUCAGAAAAUUUCUUACUUUCGUAAAACGUUAAAUUGCAGCUAAAAUUUUCGGGAAAAUAAUGCUGAAGCCCUUGCAAUUUCGAAAUUACUAAAUUUGCCCUAGGAUGACCGAACAGGUACAAAUUUUAUAGCCCCGCUUAGAAUGCAUUUCUAGAUAUCUGAAGAUACUCUGGAUAGCCUAAAAGGUGUUUUUAAUGUAUUUAUAGGAAAAAGGCCUCGUUGGGUGCCCCUGACAUAUUGGAUAGGUGUUAAUGCUAUACCGGGUAGAUUUUCUUGUUGGCACGAAAAGCUAUCCGCUAUAGUGUGAAAUAGCCUUAGGGUCUAUUCACAUGAGCUCGGUUGACCUGGCUGGCCUGGUUACCCGGAACAAUUCCGCCUUGGAUUCAUAAGAAAAAAUAUCAACCCGGUUUCCGAGAUCAAAAAAAGCCGAACAUCCUGGGGACAAGUUCUGGCGCGAAAUUCGAGAAAUGAAGUAAACAUGGCAAUGGAGAUGCUCUAACCAUUUCACUUCCAGGGUGAAUGAAGGAGUCAGGGAGGUGGCUCUAACUUUUGAAUCUGUGGACGAAAUCCUAAGGUGUGACAAUUCAAAUGAAACCUCUUCAGUGGUACUCUCACAUGGUAAAAUGUGGCUCCUCUGUUUCGGUAGCGAAAGGGUUCGCUUUUUAUAUCAUCCACACUGUUCAAAGCCUAGUAAUCUUCAAUCCUGCUUCAACUUUUAACAAGACAUGAUAGUUCCGAGGAAUUGCGCCCAUUUUUCUUUUAACCCGCAAAAUUAACUAUCUGCGUCAGUGAAGUGUUAAUCAUCGAUGGCUAACUCCUUACUUUUUCCUUAGACAAAAUGUAGAGGUCGACAAAGAUGUGGUGAUAAAACGACUACAGACUCAACUGGGAAAACUUCACUAUGAACUGACCAGUUACAAGGUAUGUGCUUGUUGAAGUUCGCUUAUUCUUUUGUGAGUUACAUGUAUAGGACUUAAGGGGCCACUGUAUGGUCAUAACGCGGCGACCUUUUUAGGGCAAAGCCCGGCGAGCUGAAGUCAAAACAUGUGUUACCUCAGGCAUCUUUUUUCUGUGGUCAAAACUCUAGAAUAAAGCAGUAUGAUCUGUUCGACUUUCAACUCGCUGCCAACACAGAUUCGAAUGGGAGUUUUUCGAACAAUCGUUAUUGAUUGAACGGAUCCUGAGACAACGUAUAAAGUAUAAGUGCAUUCCCGAAGAUUACGCAGGAGCUAAUGACAUCUUCACUAACUUGCCAAAGCACAUAAAAACCCUGGGAUCGAGCACUCCAUAGUUUAAGCCAGGCCUAAAGUUGGAGCUGCUGUUGUUCCCUACUUUGCUUCCAAGGGCCAGAUCAAUAAAGUCCUGUCUGCUACCGAAACCUGCUGAUACAUAUUCAGAGAUUAAGAUAAUACAAGAUGCUUUAUUUUAAGUGGCGCAUACUCUUAGUUACAUGGGUUAGUUAAAAAAGAAAACUUCACCGGCUAAUUCACAGGUAUUCCACUGUAAAUGAAACAUUAUAGAAGUAAAAAUGAUUAAAACAAUAUAAAAGCUAUUUAUUUGCUGAAUUUUGCCAAAAUAACGAACAUCUGAGUAACCUGGAUCCUUUUAAGUUCUUGUUUUGCAGAGAACAUACCAAAGUGUUAACAUUUUUUUUUAAUUGCUUUUAUGUUGUUCUCGAAUCCCUCUUAUCUCAUAUCCUCGAGACUUGAUCCGCAUAUAAUUAUUUGCUACGGUACUGAUGAGCUGAUGAAGAGAAGUGAAUUAAAAUCAAUAACCUUGGUGAUCAUUUCCUUUAUUCUCAUCACAGAAGUAGAUGUAUUUGACCCUUAACCCUUUCACUGCCAAAUGUGGCCGAAGCCAACUUUCGACCAAAUUUCCAAAUUUCACUUUCUAAAAUUUUGACAAACAAAUAGCAUCAUGUGAAAGUACAGGCAGAGGGCUUUCAUGUGAAUGGUCACAUCAUAGGAUUUCGUCCACAAACUCAAAAGUUAGCGUUUCCUCACAAAACUCUAUCAAACACUCUGGCAGUGAAAGGGUUAAAACCGUAACAUCAAAAUUCAGAUUCUCAUUUGUUAUCACCACAAGUUUCCUAUAGAAGUAGUGGGGAGAAUUUGUUAGUGUAAAUUAGAUUCAAAUUGUUUGACCAUGUUUAAUUUCAUUCUCGUCAGCAAUAUGUUUUGUAAAGCAUUGAUAUUACCAUGAGAAAUUUGACGCCGAUUACUCUUAGGCCCUAAAGGCUAUAGAAACCAAACAGUGUUAACCUACACCGCUUGGGAUCCCUGUAGCUCAACGUAACCACUGAGUCGUACUCCUCAUAAUUUGAAUACUGGGUAUUCUGUGGUCAUGUGAGCUAAUUAGGGUCUUGGGACUGCGAUUUGACCUAGUCGUUUUUUUAAACCUUACAGGCACCUCAGCAGGUUUCAAUCCCGCUAGGGGGUGACUUAGGACAUGAACAACAAUGUAUUAACGUGAUGAGUUCAUUUAUGGCUGGAAGAAUCAAUGAUCCUGUCGCACAUGGUAAAGUACACUUACGGAAUAACCUCUAUGCAUACAGUACCGUGUUUUUUUUUCUUCUUGACAUCAUUAAUUUUUUGCAGUAAACAAAUCCAGUUUAUACCACAUAGCAAAAAUAGAGAUCAGAGAAUGCGUCAAGUGGUCGCUUACAAGAGGUUAAAAACAAUGGAAUAGCAUUCUUGGUUUUUUGGUUUGAUUGUUUCUCAAGUCACAAGCGCGUUCUUGGAUUUACGGUUUCAUUGUUACGCAAGUUACAAGCGCGUUCUUGGUGUUAUGGUUUGAUUGUUACUCAAGUCAUAAGUGCGUUCUUGGUUUUAUGGAAAUGUACACGAGCUGGUUCAUUGGGCAAAUGCCAAACGAAACAGGUUACAAGUUACCAGUGUGUUCUUGGUUUUUUGAUUUGAAUGUUUCUCAAGUCACAAUCGCGCUCUUGGUUUUACAUGGUUUGAUUGUCGCGCAAAUCUCAAGCGCAAUCUUCUUUUCAUAAUGUGAUUGUUGCGCAAGUCAUAAGCGCGUUCUUAGUUUUAUGGUCUUUACUGUUGCGCAAGUCACAAGUACUUUCUCGGUUUUGUAUGGUUUGAUUGUGGUGCAAGUCAUAAGCGCGUUCUUGUUUUUAUGGUUUGAUUGCGGUCCAAGUCACAAGCGCGUUCUUGGUUUUAUGGUUUGAUUGUUGCGCAUUUGACAAGCGCGUUCCUUGGUUUUAUGGUUUGAUUGUGGCGCAAGUGACAAGCGCGUUCUUGGUUUUAUGGUUUGAUUCUGGCGCAAGUGACAAGUGCGUUCUUGGUUUUAUGGUUUGAUUCUGGCGCAAGUGACAAGCGCGUUCUUGUUUUUAUGGUUUGAUUGUGGCGCAAGUGACAAGCGCGUUAUGGUUUUUAUGGUUUGAUUGUGGCACAAGUGACAAGUGAGUUCUUGGUUUUAUGGUUUGAUUGUGGCACAAGUGACAAGUGAGUUCUUGGUUUUAUGGUUUGAUUCUGGCGUAAGUCACAAGCGCGUUCUUGUUUUUAAGGUUUGAUUGUGGCGCAAGUGACAAGCGCGUUAUGGUUUUUAUGGUUUGAUUGUGGCGCAAGUGACAAGCGCGUUAUGGUUUUUAUGGUUUGAUUGUGGCACAAGUGACAAGUGAGUUCUUGGUUUUAUGGUUUGAUUGUGGCACAAGUGACAAGUGAGUUCUUGGUUUUAUGGUUUGAUUCUGGCGUAAGUCACAAGCGCGUUCUUGUUUUUAAGGUUUGAUUGUGGCGCAAGUGACAAGCGCGUUAUGGUUUUUAUGGUUUGAUUGUGGCGCAAGUGACAAGCGCGUUAUGGUUUUUAUGGUUUGAUUGUGGCACAAGUGACAAGUGAGUUCUUGGUUUUAUGGUUUGAUUGUGGCACAAGUGACAAGUGAGUUCUUGGUUUUAUGGUUUGAUUCUGGCGUAAGUCACAAGCACGUUAUGGUUUUUAUGGUUUGAUUGUGGCGCAAGUGACAAGCGCGUUAUGGUUUUUAUGGUUUGAUUGUGGCACAAGUGACAAGUGAGUUCUUGGUUUUAUGGUUUGAUUGUGGCACAAGUGACAAGUGAGUUCUUUGUUUUAUGGUUUGAUUGUGGCACAAGUGACAAGUGUGUUCUUGGUUUUAUGGUUUGAUUGUGGCACAAGUGACAAGUGAGUUCUUGGUUUUAUGGUUUGAUUGUGGCACAAGUGGCAAGUGAGUUCUUGGUUUUAUGGUUUGAUUCUGGCGUAAGUCACAAGCGCGUUCUUGUUUUUAAGGUUUGAUUGUGGCGCAAGUGACAAGCGCGUUAUGGUUUUUAUGGUUUGAUUGUGGCGCAAGUGACAAGCGCGUUAUGGUUUUUAUGGUUUGAUUGUGGCACAAGUGACAAGUGAGUUCUUGGUUUUAUGGUUUGAUUGUGGCACAAGUGACAAGCGCGUUAUGGUUUUUAUGGUUUGAUUGUGGCACAAGUGACAAGCGCGUUAUGGUUUUUAUGGUUUGAUUGUGGCGCAAGUGACAAGUGAGUUCUUGGUUUUAUGGUUUGAUUGUGGCACAAGUGACAAGUGAGUUCUUGGUUUUAUGGUUUGAUUGUGGCACAAGUGGCAAGUGAGUUCUUGGUUUUAUGGUUUGAUUCUGGCGUAAGUCACAAGCGCGUUCUUGUUUUUAAGGUUUGAUUGUGGCGCAAGUGACAAGCGCGUUAUGGUUUUUAUGGUUUGAUUGUGGCGCAAGUGACAAGCGCGUUAUGGUUUUUAUGGUUUGAUUGUGGCACAAGUGACAAGUGAGUUCUUGGUUUUAUGGUUUGAUUGUGGCACAAGUGACAAGCGCGUUAUGGUUUUUAUGGUUUGAUUGUGGCACAAGUGACAAGCGCGUUAUGGUUUUUAUGGUUUGAUUGUGGCGCAAGUGACAAGUGAGUUCUUGGUUUUAUGGUUUGAUUGUGGCACAAGUGACAAGUGAGUUCUUGGUUUUAUGGUUUGAUUGUGGCACAAGUGACAAGUGAGUUCUUGGUUUUAUGGUUUGAUUGUGGCACAAGUGACAAGCGCGUUCUUGGGUUUAUGGUUUGAUUGUGGCGUAAGUGACAAGCGCGUUCUCGUUUUUAUGGUUUGAUUGUGGCGCAAGUCACAAGCGCGUUCUGGUUUUUAUGGUUUGAUUGUUGUGUAAGUCACAAGCGCAUUCUUGGUUUUAUGGUUCGAUUGUGGCGCAAGUGACAAGCGCGUUCUUGGUUUUAUGGUUUGAUUGUUGUGUAAGUCACAAGCGCAUUCUUGGUUUUAUGGUUCGAUUGUGGCGCAAGUGACAAGCGCGUUCUUGGUUUUAUGGUUUGAUUGUUGUGUAAGUCACAAGCGCAUUCUUGGUUUUAUGGUUCGAUUGUGGCGCAAGUGACAAGCGCGUUCUUGGUUUUAUGGUUUGAUUGUUGCGCAAGUGACAAGCGCGUUCUGGUUUUUAUGGUUUGAUUGUUGUGUAAGUCACAAGCGCAUUCUUGGUUUUAUGGUUCGAUUGUGGCGCAAGUGACAAGCGCGUUCUUGGUUUUAUGGUUUGAUUGUUGUGUAAGUCACAAGCGCAUUCUUGGUUUUAUGGUUCGAUUGUGGCGCAAGUGACAAGCGCGUUCUUGGUUUUAUGGUUUGAUUGUUGCGCAAGUGACAAGCGCGUUCUUGGUUUUAUGGUUUGAUUGUUGCGCAAGUGACAAGCGCGUUCUUGGUUUUAUGGUUUGAUUGUGGCGGAAGUCACAAGCGAGUUCUUGUUUUUAUGGUUUGAUUGUUGCGCAAGUGACAAGCGUGUUUUUGGUUUUAUUGUUUGAUUGUUGCGCAAUUCACAAGCGCGUUCUGGUUUUUAUGGUUUGAUUGUUGUGUAAGUCACAAGCGCAUUCUUGGUUUUAUGGUUUGAUUGUGAUGCAAGUGACAAGCGCGUUCUUGGUUUUAUGGUUUGAUUGUGGCGUAAGUCACAAGUGCGUUCUUGGUUUUAUGGUUUGAUUGUGGCGCAAGUCACAAGCGCAUUCUUGGUUUUAUUGUUUGAUUGUGGCGCAAGUCACAAGUGCGUUCUUGGUUUUAUUGUUUGAUUGUGAUGCAAGUCACAAGUGCGUUCUUGGUUUUAUGGUUUGAUUGUGGCGCAAGUGACAAGUGAGUUCUUGGUUUUAUGGUUUGCUUGUUGCGCAAAUCAGAAGCGCGUUCUUGGUUUUCUUGUUUAUUGUUGUGCAAGUGAUAAGCGCCUUCUUGGUUUUAUGGUUUGAUUGUUACGAUCUUUACGUAAGUGACAAACGCGUCCUUGUUUGAUAACAACGUUAGGGGCCAGCGCUCUCUUUUUUUCUUUGAAUCCUAUGUUUAUAACUAGUGCCCUUUUAGUUUUGUGGUUGUUAGAUGGUUGUUAGUCGCGCUGUUUGUUUUAUGGUGCGAUUGCUGUGUUAGUGGAAUGUUCGCCCUUUUUAAUUUUUCGGUUGGAUUGUUUCACUUUCGCCUCUACAACACAAUAGACUCUAUUUAGUCUUCCAGUAAGGAUCUUCCGACCCAAUUUACAAAUGAAAUAUAAAGUAACAACUUUAAAAAACUGUUGUAUGCAAAUUACUAAUUACUUAACUUUUAAGAAACCAAUGAUGAGCAAAAGGAGGAAAGAAAGUGUAGCACGGUAUUUUGGGUCGUAACUUUGCAAGGAAUCUUAAAAAAAGAUCAAAAUAUUAGUUCGAUAAAUAUAUUAAACAGCAUCAAACACAAGCUUGCAAAGGAUUUUUCCUUUUUGAAAGGACAUAUGUCCGACCAGCUUAGUGUUUUCGUCGCAAAAACGAGCAGAAAAGUUGUCGGACACCGGACCGGACAUUGUUUGGUGACCGACUGUUAUUUGCUUCUCUGAAAUAACUUAUUGUAAACAUUAAGCGUCGAAGAUGGUCAUCUUGCAAAGAAAGUACUGUGCGAUAACCCGUGGCUAGUAGAUUUUGCUGUCGGGCUAGUGAAUUCUGUUCUUAACUUACCCGAAGGACAAGUGAAGGUUUUUUGGGAAUUCUAAUUACAGAAGAACUGUAAUCAGUGUUGCUUUUCGUUCUACUCGAAGAGGACUUUUGGGCUAGUACAUGUUAGCCACAACUUGCCCGAAUGGCAAGCUGUAAAAGUGACUUUUUUACACCCGGAUGGUUCAUUACAGGGGAGAUAAACAUGGUUUAGAAAAAACAAGCUUUACUAAUUUUCGGCUAAUUUUUCAAUAUUCAGAAAUACUGGCGAAGCUCCUUUAACAUGCAGUUUUUCUUGUCUCAGGGGUCAACACAUCCAACAAAUUUCGUACCGCCCUCCUUCAUAUGCGUCAAAUGUUUAUAGAGUCCAGAGCCCGCGCUUUCAAUUUGGAAGAUGAUGGGAUGGAGUCUGGAGACGAGAGGGACAGUGGUUUGCGUACUGGAAGUGGAAGUGACACCGCAUCGCCGCUGGUCAGUGAGUGGGAAAACGAUUGUAAUUGUCAUGCGCAGCUUCCGCCGGCUCAUGUAUCUUCAGUUGACGUAUCAUUACACAGGUUCGUGUGUUCACUUUGUACCGACAUGAGAUAGCUUAAGCAACGACGACGACGACGAAGAAGACGGUGGCAGAAACGUCUCCUAAAAAACGAAUUCACGCUAUUCAUAGUUAUUAUUCCAUGUCGUUCAGUUUGUCAUAUAUUGGUGAUUUUGGAGUUGAAUUCUCAAGCACUGUAUCUUAGUUUAAAGGAAAGAAAAAGAAAAUCUUUGUCUUGUGUUUAGGUAAUCCAGAAAACAUGGGGUUAGGCAACUUCAUGUCGUGGUCGUGCAACGACGGAAAUGUACAAAUAAUGUACAAAGAAAUGUAUAAAAAGCGUGAUGCACGUGAAAAGUUGAUGUUUUGCUAAACGUAUUACUUUUUGCCGCUGUCGCUGCCGUCCUCGUCACCUACGCCCUCUAAUAUUUAACAUACUGGUUACCGAUUCUUCUUUCUGUUUUUUCAGCCGUUUUCUCUUAUUUUACUUCGUAUUAUCUGGGCUGCAAGGCAGUGCGGUGUCUAGCUCGACAUUUCGCACAUUCCAAUCCCAGUCACAAAUGCGCAAUAUAAGCUAACCUAGCCUGCGACCAGGCUUCGCAGUGGGGGAAAGAAGGCGAAAAAAAAAAAAAAAAUGGCGAGAGCCAAAAUGUCGGCUUGAAUUCACUCGCCGAUUUUUUGUUGUUGGUGUUUAACUAUGUUUUUUGCCUUUUCUGUCUUUUGUUACCGUGAAAUCCUAGCCUGAUUCCAGGCUGAAUAACAAGGUUGAUACCACAUCACAAAAUUCGGCCAUUGUAGGACAGAUGUUUUGGAAACUCGCUCUUUCUUGUGCUUUAACUUUUGUUCAAAAUACCUUUCCACUGGUAACUUCACAGUUUUGUUUCUGUGUAUUUCGAACUGUAAGCAGUGUUUCUGUGGUUGACGUCGUUGGUUUUCUUUGCUGAGUGGUAAUGGCGGAUACGCACGUCGAGUUCAAGUUCGUCCUUUUUAGUCUCGCUUGCUUUAGCAGCGAGACUCUGAAAAUGCGACCGUUUCAUUUUUUUGUGUCUGCGCGCCAAAAGGGGGCUCUUGGUCCCUGGCGUUCCUAGCGGAGACCGUGGAAAAUGAAUAGGGAUAAGAAUCGCGACGUGUCAUCUGGUGUCACAGCGUCAUACUUUAUUUUGUGAAGAAUUAUUAGGAAAGAUUGAUGCGAAAGAUGUCGAGCUUUUCCGGAAAGGGUCUGUCCACGAAUUCUAUCGCUUGAAAGCGUUGAAUGCUUUGGAACAAGUGAAUACUUCAGUGAAAGUUUCGAUGGUGAGGCUAUAAACUGGUCGGGUGUUGUAAACUUUCAUUUUAUGCAAAUGAGUCUUGCGGUUUAUUUUCGGCAAUGAUUGAAAUGAUGCGCCAUGUUCAUCGCGUUUUUGGUCCGCUGGCAUUGAUGUAAUUUCUCGGGAAUUGUUUUUCGUGUAUUUAUACACGCGUACUCAAUCAUCGUCGAAUACGACGUAAAAAGGAAAUAUCCUGAAGAAUACCCUACGGUCGAUAAAGUAGGAAGUGAAAAAAAGCGAGGAAAUCCUGUUUCGUGUAGAAUUAAUCGCCUCCUCAUUUCUUAUCCAAUUUCCAAUGAACAAGCCAGAGUUACCGCUUUUUAACAGCGUUCUUUUUUUGCUUUUUUUUAUCCUUGAUUUUCCCGUGUCUUUUAUUUAUCAAACGCAACGUUCAGGGAUGGACCAGUCAUCAGUCGGGCAGGUGCGAUUGAGACGAAAAGUGACAGUGAGCUAUUUCGAUUCACAUGAGUCUUAUAUUAGAGCCAAAUCUUUGGCUUAUGGCAUAAUGUCCAAUCAGGUUAAAUGAGAUCGUCCGGAUAAGUCUGGUCUUGUGCAGGGCUGUUGGUGAGAGUAGGGAUUAUAAGUAUAGUAUGAACAGCACCGGCACAGAACUGGAACAAGUCGUUGACACACAUCAAACAUCGUGCUGGAGCAGUUGGCUGGAAGUUUGGUGAAGUAAAUCCCAGUCCUCACUCCUGAAUAUUUGCUUCCGUUUCAGUGGAUUACACUCCUCGCUCCUGCUUUUUCACUUCUGCUAGGGUCCGAUAACCUGUUUACACUGCACCAAAGUAUGCAGCGCGGCGCAGCUUCUCUCCGUUACAGAAAUCGCGCCGAAAUCACCGUUCUUAUGUGCGAACAGUGCUUUAUCCGGUAUAGUUUCUGUGCUAACGCAAAAGGUAUCCGAUAUAGGGUGGACAUAGCCUAAACCUAUUGCUAUUCUGCCGUCCUGAUCUCGUUGUCGCCGCCGUCGUCGUUGCCUAAGCUCCCUAGUGUUCGAUAUUUCAACAGCCAAUGCAAGAGUCAUUACUAAAGGCUGUGAAUUGUGUAUCGUCGAUGGUUUGUUCAGUUAUGUGGCGUUGUAAUUGUCUGUCUGUCUUCUAAUGUGCAACGAAGGUUUUUUCAUAACAUGUUGAGUCAGAAAUAAAGCCUCACGCUAUAGGAACAUAGUCAGAACAAAAGUACAACUUGCCGAAUGAAGUUACUGGGCACAUUUAGCAAAGACUACGCGACAACAGUGACCAGACGCACGCUUUCUCUCGUCAACUGACGUUUCCGUUCUGUUGCUUAAUCAUUCUACUCUCAAUGACCCUCAACUGUGACUCACUGAUGUUAAAUAUCUUGCAGUGUUACUGAAAACGGUACAAUUCCACUCAACAACGACCACAAAGAAACCACGCCCAUUGAAGACAGUCCGCCUCCAGAAUACCCCUCGGUACCACUUCAGCCAUGUGAGACUGGAAAGGAAGAAGCCUCGACCCAGACCAAUGAAGAAACAACUUCUGAAGAAAGGAAACGUGAUGGAAACAUCAGCACGGAAGGAGAAAGGAUUCAACCUGUUGAGAAUUCGCCUACAAUUUCCAAGCUGGAACUACAAAGGGAGACUCUUUUGUAAGUAUCUUGUAACCAUUCUGUUAUUGCGCGUGAAACUGGGUCAUUAGAAAGCUUUAGCAAAGACGUUUUUUAGCGACGCACGUCAACCGGAAGUGAACCUUUUUCAUUCAUGGGCAGUGGAAUAGCCCCAAUGUUCUGCCAAAUCGUCUCUGUGAGAGUAAAGACACUAAGCAAUACAUAUUUCGUAGCAUCAAGUCGCAUUAUAAAGGAAAAGGCCUCUCUUCCGGUUGACGUGUGUCGCUCAAAAACGCCUUUGCUUAAGCUCCCUAUUGUUUUGUCGAAUUGCAUUAUGGGUCUGUUUUUGGGGCGCUGCCGUUUCUUUUCUUAGGGAGUUUAAGAAGCAACGUUUCUCAGCAAUGCACGUCAACCGGAAGUGGACCUUUUUGCACUCUUGAGCCGACAUUUUAACAAAUGUUUGGACAAAUAGUCUCUAUAAGAGUAAAGACACAGCCAUACAAAUUUGAAAAGAGAAAAAAGCUCACUUCAAGUUGCGUGCGUCCCUAAAAAACGUUGCUAGUUAAGCUCCCUAUUGACUACUUCGAGUUUGCGCAGGAAACUGGUUCAAAGUUCCUCCCCAAAAACAGUCCCACGGUGCAAUUUCAUGCAUUACCGACCCAGUUCCCUUUGCAACCUCAUCGUCAACUGUCGCUAAAUCAUUCUGCUCGCACUAACUGUCAACUGUAACCAGAAACUCAUAAGGGGUUGAAACGUGUAACUCUCAUAUGUUUGCUUUGUCCGACGCUCGUGAUUAUUCAUUUUCGAAAGUACCAUAUUUGGAACGAGAAGAAAAGAUAACUGACCAAUCAAACUUCGUAAACAACGUGACGUAAUUUUAUGUCUGGUUCCCGCGCCCGCUUAAAAAAAUGGCCGACAAACUGGGGAAAAACUCCCGAAAGCCGAGAAAGCUUUCAAAGGUUGAAACCAGGAAUCGUACCGAAACACUGAGCAGAAAUAUAUUAUUGCCUUACCACCCGGGCCAAACUUAACACUAUGGAACCCAUUGACGUCCUCGCAACUUCUUGAAGUUGUCACUUCAAAAAGCGAUGCCUCGUUGAGCCUCUGCACAGUAAACUUAUACUGCAAAUAGGUUUUUAAAAUUCUUAUAUUAAAAGUCUAGAAUAAACAGUAAACAAUAAAUUUUCGAACAAAAUUCAGUGGCUGCGUAUCGAAAAGCGUCCAAAACCUGAACCUGACAUCUUCGCAAAAUGAGAUCCGUGUAAUGAAUGUGAGAAGCAUUUAACAGCUUGUAUGUUGUAGCCACGAUUGUGUUUUGAGCUAAUUUUAUGAAUGAACAAACUCAAAACAAUAGACAGAGAAGCCGUUUCUUGAAAAUUUUUAUUCAAAAUCCAAAAAGUUAAUCCUUUAAAGCAAUUCGGAAAACACUAUCUGGAUCAUGGAUCCAUUAACGCAAGUGAAAUCGGCCGAGCACAUGGCAAAAUUCAACACAAAAUCGAUCUCAAAUUGGGGCACCUUUUGUAAUUUUUCUUUAGCGCCGAAGAGAAAAAUUUAUAAAACGUCUAUGAAACAUUUAAAAAUACAUAAAUUCCCUUUCAAAAACGUAAUUGUCUUGGCCAUAGAGUGCAAAAUGUGCCUGAAAAUUCAGCAAAAACUUCACUGCCUUGGUUGCAUUUCAAAACAGACCAUGAGCUCCGUCGUGAAGAAAACAAGGUUGAAUUCCUCGAAGGACGAUUUCUUGAUGAAAAGCUUCUGUUCCUCCACAAAAAGAAAGCUGAGCAUUCUUUUGAACUUUCUCUUUCCAUUUUUUGUCUUUCAACGGUGUAUUUUUAACCCUGAAAUGCAGAACUCUUGUCUUAAAACACCUGCAUGGUGAUCGCGCGGCAGCCAUUUUGUUGAAAAUGGAUAUCUGUCACUAAGCUUUCCAAAUAUGGUAAAAGUGAAUAUUCACGAGCAUUGAACGCGAGUUACACGUUUCAACCCCUUAUGAGUUUCUGCUGUAACUCACUUGUCUUGCAGUAUUUCUCAAACCAGUACAACGUCACUCGACAAUGACCACAAAGAAACCACGCCCAUUGAAGACAGGCCCUUCCCAGAGAGCCCCGCAGUACCACGUCAGCCGAGUGAGACUGGGAAGAAAGAGGCCUCGACGCAGACUAAUGAAGGAACAACUUUUAAAGAAAGAAAACGUCACGAAGACAUUUGCUCAAAGGGAGAGAGAAUUCAAACUGUUGAGAAAUCGCUUGUAAUUUCCAGGCUCGAACUACAAAGAGAGACUCUUUUGUAAGUAGCUAAAAUGACUACUGUGUUAGAUCUAAACGCUUAUGGUUUCAGUAAGCACGAAGAAACAAUAAACAGCAGCGGAUGGCGAACGAAAACGCUGCUGAUGCCUGUAGGGUCUGUAAGAUCUAAUCAGUUGCCGUUAUGCGUGUACGGAGAGCCUUCUCUCAAUGGUCUAUUUUGGUUGGUCUCUUUACGAGCUUUCUAGAUGAGGGGGGGGGGGCGGUGGUGGGGAUUAAGGUGUUUCUCUGGUUCCCCGACAAAAUUGCUCCCUAAUUGACUAGACUAUGCAGCGCCAACGUUCUUAAACGUUGGCGUGACAUUGUCCAGUUUUCAUACAGUUGUUUUCUUCAUUCAGGGUACUGGAAAGCUUACUCGACGAGACCUUAACCCGAGACUAAACUCAGCCAUGAAAGGACUCUUUUGUCAUAAAUCACAAUAGGUAGCGUUUGUAACCCCCCUCUUCCAGAAAGGUCGUAAAGAGACCAACCAAAAUAGAAAUUUUCCGUGGUUACUCGUCCAACAAACUUGGUGAAAAUGUUUUUUCUCUACAGGAACAAAAGCAAGAUGAUUGAGUCCAGAUUAAUUGAGCAGCGGGCGCGCCUUGUUAUGAUUGUAAAGCAGGGUGUGGUUCCAGAAGAAUUGGAGAAUGAGAAAAUAGUCGAGAUGCAACUUCAAAAAAGACAGGUUCGGAGAAUCGUUAUUAUCAUUAGUGAUAAUGGUGAUGUUAUUGUUUUUCGAUGUUAAUGCUAAUGUCUAUGGCAGCUGAUGUUAAUGCAAUUGGCGAUAACAUUGUUGGUGCUACGGUCAAUACCAAUCGUUAUGCUAAUGCCGAUUUUAAUGUUGGAGCCAACGUUAGCGCCAUUGGUAAUUAUAAUACUGAUGCUAACUCUCAUUUUAAGUUUGAUAAAAUGUCAAUUUUAAUGCUAAAGUCAGUUUUAAUAACCGUGAUGAAUUUUGCUUGUCACUAAGUUUAACAUUAACAAUGUCGUAAUGCUUUAGUUUUUUUCAUAUCUCUUGGCCACCGAUCUUUGAUGAUCCGUACGAAUGUAUGCCUAUGGUUGUUCGUUUUAGGAUUACAUUCGGUAUGAUGUUCAAACGCAAUUUUGUGUGAAAAAAGUUGCCUAACAGUAGGUAAGCCAAUAAUUCUUGUUAUACUGAUAACUGUUUUAAGAUUAAGCUUUCCUUUUUCCGUCUCUAUUUAGCGGGAUAUUAUAGAACAGCUCUCCCAAGUAAAGAAGAAGUUGGCAGGUUCGAAGGGCAUGGAUCAAGAGCAGCAGUCUCUUGUUUGCAUUCACAAACGGGAGGUAGGAACUAAAACCGAUGAACCUUCCUGUGGUGCUGCUCCUGAUAGCCAGGUUUGUUCAAUGGCGUCACAUUCAAUUUUCUUUCGAUCGCAGAUACUAGUAAAUCAGAAAUUAAUCUGACUUGUCUCGUGAUACCGGCUACUCGCAUUGAAAAGGAAUGCCAUUUGGCGAUUAUUUGCGAGAAAAUUUCCGGAAAAUGAGUUACUGCGCAUUUAAAAAACACGCGAACUCUGAAGUUCAAAAACCGCCUUCACAAUUACGUUUUCGCUGCCGUCAAUCAUAAUUACGAUCACAAGCAAAGAACGUUGAAACACAGAAACACCCAAAACGGAUCGAAAUCAACCAGUCACAAACCAUGAGCUUUUGAACCCGUUGCAUUAAACUUGUUUCCUAAGAGGUCCGCUAAGAUGAUUUACGGCAGCGAAAAACGCAAACGUCAGAAUUCGUGUGUUUAUGAAAAGCGCAGUAGACGGUCUUUUAUCACGGAAAAUGUUGCGAGGUAUGAGAAACUAAAACCGGUGCCAAGUGCAAAAAACGUAAUUUGCGUGACAUUCGCAAUCUAUCCGCGGCUAGUAACGUCUCGAGAAGCAGCGCCGAGAUCCUUGUUCUGUGCCCCCAACGGACUCGACGACUUAUCGGAAAUGCGUUUCGAACUUGCCGUUAACCUGAUUGGCCUAUCGAACGAUGGCUAUUCUUAACAGGCCAAUCAUGGCGCUUACUCAAAUCCUGGUACAUCGUUGAGAGCCCAGAACAAGUAUUUCGGGGCUGACUCGCAUUUUAGUUUCGUCUGUAGCGCAUGCUAGAGAAGAGUCGCAAUUACCCAGCUACAAUCGUGGACAAAAGUCUUGGGACACUUUUGAGUUUCUGGGGCGUUUUCCUAUUUACACAGGUCCAACCCCUCCCCUCACCCCACAAACAAUUUUGGACGCGUGCAUCCAGAUUUUUUUCCGUUUUUCAACUUUGUAUAGGGUGGGGGGAGGGAGAACUGUAAGAAAAUUCGAAAAUGAUGCACUGUUUUAAGGCGGAACAGAGAAAUGACAGAAAAAAAUGAAUAUUCCUGUACUAUACCAGGAACUUUUGUCCUGGAUUGUAGCAUCCAAUGUAGUGAUUGUAGUGUGCAUCACUUGGAAUGAGUGGUGUUCAUUUGGCUUUUUCUUCGCUUAGACCGGUUAUUUAGAAGUCAUCAAGGACUAACGCUCAAUGAUAGUUUAAAACUGUUAUUCUUUAGAAUAUGUUUUGUCUUUGCUUUCUCUCGUAUUUUGUUUUUACGAUAAGCUAACGAACACAUGUUAAAAACCUGUGCAACUCAUUUUUCGACUCAUAACCAUUCUGACGGGAGCGAAGUCAAACCUCAUUGUUGAUAAAUGCCCUGUCCUUUUUUUCUGGAUGACUGCGCUCAUGUUUGAACAUGCGAUUAAGUUGCUAGGCAUUAUUUAGUGGAUGUUGUUCGUCGUCUUCCUUAUUCUGUAUCCAAUUCAAACGUCAGUGUCUUUGAACUUUGGCAGAUAAAAGAUUCGGCACGAAUUUCAAAAGAACUAGAACUGAAAGAAGCUUCCACACGUCAGAAACUUCUUGCUUGCAGAGAGCAAAUGAAAACUAUGGGCAUUUCGUUAGCCUCAGUGUCCCAUGGGAAGUUCUACCAAUCAAAGACCUCAGUUUCAGGCUGUGGGAACCGUCAGACAAGUGUCUCAUAUGUGUCACCUGUGACGUUGAGUUCGCAAGGCGACGUGGGAGAAAAUAGGGGCCAGUGUUCUACAACCUCGUCUCCGGACAGGAGAAGACCUGUUUUUAAACCACCAAGAGUAAGAAGCAGGUUAAGUGCAGACUUUUCUCAGGCGAAUAAAAAUGCGUCGAACUCAUGCAGUUCUUCUCCAAGAAGAAGAUUUUCAGCCCCAGAGAAGGUAAUACAUAGACCGGGUAAAAGUGUAGUAUUGAGAAGCGAAGGAAAGCUUGUUGAAUACAUGAACACAUCUCAUAAGAAAAUGUAUCAGAGUUCGUCAUUCCCUCGGUGGCUUACCGGAGGUAGUGAUCAAGUUUGUGUGAUGGGAUUAAAUAGUACAUCUCGAAAAGUGCCUUUCAAAAAAGGAACAAGGGUAAGAGACGAUAAAAGGCGUUUUUCAAACGUCUCUUCAGAAGGUUGUGUGUAGUUAAGCGAAGGCUCGGCUGUGAAAGUUGAGUGCAGCUCUAAUAACGUUACAAACGUGUUGGGAAAACGCAAGGCAUGUAUUUCUAGCGGGACCCAAACGAAGCUCACUUUGUACCAUGAGUUGGAGAGAGGAUACGAGAAAUGGGGCCCUGUUUCCGAUGCAGAGAUAGCGGCGAGGGAGCCUAGAAAACAGGUUAACGCGCAAGUUUCUCUAUCGUCAAUUCGUCUCAGUGAAGGGGGAAAAAGAAAGGUUAAACGAGAAUUCGAAGGUGCGUCGAGGCGGCUGAAGUGAUCCAUUGUUUGUAUAGGAGGCAUACACAACAGAGUGCAGUGGAGUGUUUAAGUCCACUUUGCUAGCUUUACAGGUGUUAGAAAUGGUGACUAUUGGCUCCUGCUAUUGACCACUUUUUGCUUGCUCUUAAAACUGGGUUGAUGUGUUGUCAGCUGAAACUUCAGCCCAUGUCACUUCACCAGAAGCUCAAAACGCAGGGUGUUCGACAGCCGGUGUUUUCAAAGUUGUUUAGAGUCAAACCUCUUUACAAGAGCUUCCUUGGUGGCAGAACGCAGGGACUGCGGAGUUGAAGGCGAGAAUUUAUCUGGAAAGGACAAGGGGCUUGUUCCCUCGGAAAAGCUUGAAAAUUAGAGCUUCUAAAAUUACCAGAAAAAACCGUUUAUUUCUACCAAUUCUGAGAUUAAUUUUGUCCUAUUUUUAUCACUAUCCCGUUAGUUUUCUACACAAAAACGUACGUUGAGAGUAAGGAAAAUUGUGUUUGCUUUUAACAUAAAGAUUACAAGUACUUUCGUAAAAUAUGCCAAAAAAAAAUCUUGGUGAAUUUAUUGGUGGGGCUAGGGCCCACUUAACCCCAAUAGAAGGCUCCGCGGUCCCUGGAACGUGGGCCUUUAUGGUGAGAUAAGGGUGCGGGAACCAUGGCACCUGGGGGAGAUAUGGCAACAAAUGUUUAUUUUCAUAAAAUGAGAAGAAAUUGUCGUUGUUGGGACGUACUUCAGGGGCACCUAGCGACCGAUUGUUUCCAAAUACGUCAGAAGUGUCUCAAAUGGUUUUCCGUUUGGAUGCCUGUUUGGUUAAUUUGGAGCUCCCCUAAAAAACUAUUUAUCCGUUCGGAUAUCUCAGCUGUGGUGUUGGCUUUUUCGUGGUAUCUGAAACUGUUAGCUACCCCGAUGAUGGGUCCGGUCGAAAGUUCGAGGACAUGGAGUAGCUGGACCUUACUUUCGUCAGAAAACGCUAGGGGGCGCUUUGUCCUUAAACCGAAGUUUUCAGGAGACUUUUUUAACAGUAACGGCAAAAUCUUGGUGACAAAUAUUGAAAAAUAAGCAACUUCCGAAAAUCUUAGGCAAGUUGGUAGAAAAACUCCGAAUAUCUAGGACGAGUGGAACGGUUAUCUCGAAAUUUUCAGCCUUUCUCAAGGUUUAGACAAUUUUAGUCAAUAUUAAUUUUGUUCCUUCGAUAAUUGAACAGUUUUUAUUUUUUUUACAGACAAAGGUCGUUAAGUCCCCCUGACCCUUAACUGGCCGUUGCAGAUGUGGAGAAGCGCCCGUUAGGGAAAGGAUAAAACAAGAGUGAAUGUAUGGGCGUUGGUUGGGGUUAAAAAAUAUGACGGUUCUAAAGAGGUUAAGCUUUAUUCUUUUGAUAGAUUUCACUUCGAAUUUAGACUACCACAGGACUCCCAUCGGUCAGGAAAAGUUAUGGACUAGAAAAUGGUGUUUUU